CAUUGUUUUCAGGUUUGGAAACAUUGAAAGUAACACACGUGCUCAGUCGUUGCGGGUAAACAUGAAAAUCGCUGAAGCAUAAUUAAAAUAUAAAAGAACGCAAAUUGGGAACCAAUAAAAUGACGCAUUUGGGUGAAGAGGACAGCCCGGUCGAGGAGAAGAAAAAACCACGCGGAAUUGUUAGGGAGAGCAGCCAGAUAUUCCGCCGGAAUCGAGCGCUUGGCUAUGUCAGCAACCAGGUGCCGGCAGUGACGCGCUAUGUGCAACGUCGUCGGGACACGCUGCUGAUCACCUGCAUUGGCCGCUCCUUUCAGGUGUACACGGCCAGCCACAUGCGCCUCCUGCAUGUCAGCGGCCUGCAUCCAGACGAGAUUACGGCGCUGGCUACGGACAGGCUACACACGUAUGCGGCGAGCAACAAGUGCAUCUACGCCUGGCGAGCGGGCAAGCACAUACGGCAUGUGUACCGGGGCCAUGAAGGUAAUGUGCAUCUGCUGCUACCCUUUGGCCGAAACCUAAUUGCUGUGGAUCGCAAAAAUGUGCUCAAGGUGUGGAACAUACCCACCGAUGACGUCUAUUUGAAUGUGCCCUUCGACGAGGAGGAGUUCUCUAUCACAGCUCUGGCCCAUCCGCCCACAUAUGUGAAUAAAAUUGUUCUCGGCUCGCGGCAGGGUCAACUGAAGAUCCUGAACAUUAAGAAGAACACCAUACUGUGCACCCUGAGCCACCAUUUACAGCGCAUCACUUGCCUUGAGCCGGCGCCUGCAUUGGAUGUUAUGGGCGUUGGCCAUAGCGAUGGCACCAUAAUUGUCUUGAAUCUGAAAUUUGAUACGGUGCUGAUCACCUUCAAGCAGGAGUGGGGCACGGUCAGUCAGUUGUCCUUCCGCACAGAUGGUCCACCCAUUUUGGUCUCCGCCAGCGGCAUUGGGCACUUGGUCUUCUGGAACUUGGAGGAGCGCAAAUUGGCUGGUCAAUUGCAGGCGCACGAGAGGAAGGUGACGACGGCAAUCUGCCUGCCCAGCGAGCCGGUGGUCUUCACCACAUCCCCGGACAAUUCAAUGAAAAUCUUCGUGUUCGAUAUGUCCGACGGCGGCGCCAGACUGCUGCGCAUGCGCGAAGGUCACACGAAGCCUCCAUUAUUCAUACGCUAUCAUGGCGCCAGCGGCGUCUCCAUUCUGUCCGCCGGGGACGACAGCACGCUGCGCGUCUUCUCCACCAUAUCGGAGUCGCUGAACAAGAGCAUGGGUCGAGCCACCUACAAUCCCAAGGCGACCAAGAAGAAGAAUCACUUUGUGUAUGACAAGAACAGCAUGCCGCCAAUUCUGGAGUUCACUGCGGAUGCGACACGCGAAAAGGAAUGGGACAACAUCGCUGCAAUGCACGCGGGCAUCAUACAGACCACCACCUGGUCGUUCCACAAGAGCCGCUUGGGCGACCAUCGUUUGGUGCCACAGCAGUUUUACAAUAGGAACCGCGACGAUUUCCAAGCGGAAACCACAUCUAUCGUUGCUUCGCAUUGCGGCAACUAUGUUAUUAUUGGCUACAGCACCGGCGACGUGGAGCGCUUUAAUAUGCAGUCGGGCCUCCAUCGCCUGAGCUACGGUGGCUUCCGCUCAGCCCACGAGGCAGCUGUGCGUGGCCUGGCGUGUGACAAUUUGAAUCAGUAUCUGGUCUCGGGCUGCUCACAAGGCCUGGUUAAGUUCUGGCCAUUCAAGGCUAAUGCUAUGAAGCCAGUUGCCGUGCUGCGACUAGCUGAUGGCGUUGCUCAAAUGCGGCAUCAUCGCGAGAGCUCCUUGGUUGCCAUUGGUCUGGAUUCGUUCAAGAUCUACGUGGUGGACAUGGAUACGCGUGUGGUGAUCCGUAAGUUUGUCGGGCACACGGCAAAACUGAACGAUAUGGCCUUUAGUCCGGACAGCCGUUGGCUCAUCACAGCCUCCAUGGACUCGACCAUCAAGGUGUGGGACAUACCCUCAUCCUAUAUGAUCGAUCACUUCAAGGUGCAGCAGCCCUGCGUCUCGCUAAGCAUGUCACCCACUGGUGACUUCCUGGCCACCGCCCACAUCGGCUUGUUGGGCAUUUACCUGUGGGCCAACAAGACGCUGUUCAACCAGAUCUCGUUGCGUUCCAUAGAUCCGAAUGAGCCGGCGCCGUAUGUGGGCCUGCCCGCUAGCAUUUGCAAUGCCAUGGAUCUUGAUGAUGCCAUGCAGGAGCUGGGCAUUGAUGACGCUAACGAUAAUGUGGAACUGGGCGAGCAGAUUGAUGCCCAGUACGAAACGCCUAAGCAGCUGACGCCCGAGUUAAUCACACUCUCCGGUCUGGCGGCAUCGCGCUGGCAGAAUCUGCUCGACCUGGAGCUGAUCAAGCAGCGCAACAAGCCGAAGGCACCGCCUAAAACACCCAAACAGGCGCCCUUCUUCCUGCCGACGGUUGCAGGCCUAGAUCUGCGCUUCGAUGUAUCCAAUGGGCAAACGGACAACCCUGAGCAAUCCCGUGUGCUCGAGGUCUCCUCGUUCAACAAUCUGACCGCCUUUGGCAAGCAACUGGAGGCGACGGCCACAAGCAAAGACUUCGACUCCGUGGUGCAGCACAUUACCCAGCUGGGUCCGUCAAUGGUGGACUUCGAGAUCAAAUCACUGCAUCCCGAUGCCGGCGGCACCAGGCUCGCCAUGCUGCAGUUCCUCAGCCUCAUCGAGCACAUGUUUGGCACGAACCAAAACUUCGAAUUGGCCCAAUCAUAUCUAAGCGUUUAUCUGCGCUCCCACGGCUUGAGCUUAAGCGAAUCCCCAGAGCUUGUCAGGUCGCUGCGCAGCGUUGCGCAAACCCAACAGGCGGCCUGGGAGCGCAUCGAGAGCAAGUUGAUCUACGGCACUGGCGUCGUCGCGGCACUGCGCAACUUUGCUCGCUAACUUGGUCUAUAGCCUUAAGUCUCUUAAAUUACGUUUUACCAGGUGUUUG